GUAAUGUCUGCAUGAUAUUAGAGAGGUUCCGACUCAGCAGGUGCCCGUUGUAAAUUAUACUUGGUAACGGUAGGAAUUAACUUAUUAAUCCGUUUAACGGGUUUAUCGUGCAGUAAUCCAAGUAUAUACAUAUUAAUUAAUUAUGCCACGAAGAGGAGGAAGUGACAAUGGUUCAGAAAACCAGGAACUGGUGGGAACAUUCGAAACACUUCGUGAUGAGGGCGAGCACUUUGUCCAUGUCAAGCUAUGGCAAAAAGCAAUUGACAGCUUCACACGGGCCAUUGAAAUGAGCCCGGAGGAGAAGAAGUGCUUUGUCACAAGAUCAAAGUGUUGGUUACAACUAGGCAAUGCUGAGAAUGCACUCACUGAUGCAGAGGAAGCUCUCAGACUUGACAAAGAAUAUAUUCCUGGAUUGUAUCAGAAAGCUGAAGCAAUGUACCAGUUAGGGGAUUUUGAAACAGCACUGGUAUUCUUCCACAGAGGGCACAAGCUAAGACCAGAGCUCCAGGAAUUCCGACUGGGUAUACAGAAAGCCCAGGAGGCCAUCAAUAACAGUAUCGGAAAGCCUGAUUCUGUCAAACUGACUGCAGAGGGAGACCUUACUUACUUCUACAAACAGGAAGAGGAUGAGAAGGCCAAGGCAAAAGCAAAGAAGACAGGAGGAACCUAUGGAAAACCAGGGGCUAAGAAAGAGGCUGCCAAGGAGAGACAGAAGCCCCAGGCUAGCGGGGACCAGAAGACCAUCAAACAGCUCCUUGGGGAACUCUACGGGGACAAAGACUUCCUGGAAAAACUCCUCAGUGAGGACAGUAUGACAAGUGACAACAACCCAACAAACAAAGACAUCCGAGAGAAGAUCUACGACGGACUGGAGUACCUUCACUCCCGAGCGGACUUCUGGAGGCAGCAGAAGCCGAUGUAUGCACGGAAACGGGACAAGGCUAAACAGAGACAGAGCGCCAAGGCCAGGAACCAGGACCCGACCAGCUACCUGCUUCGCUGUCUGGAGGACAUUGAUGAUGAUCAAUCCAAGGAGAGAUAUGAAGAAAGUUUACAGAAAGCCAAGAAAACACUGAAGACAGUUGAAAACAUGAACGAAGACCAGCUCCAAAACAAAGCCGAGAUCCUGGCCAACAUUCACAGCCAGAUAGGAAACGCCUACCUCGAACUCGGCAAAUACAACGACUCUCUCAAACAUCACGAAGAGGACCUCAAAAUCUCCAAAGAAAAUGGUUUGGAAGAUGCCAGAUCAAGAGCCCUGGAUAACCUCGGAAGAGUUCAUGCUCGUAAAGGAAACUACGAUAAGGCCAUCUCAGUAUGGGAGGAGAAACUUCCAAUGAGCAAGUCUCCGCUAGAAAGCACCUGGUUAUACCAUGAGAUUGGUCGCUGUUACCUGGAGUUACAGAGAUACCAAGACGCCAGAGACUUUGGGGAGAAGGCGAUACAGGCAGCAAAGGAAGCAGAGGAUGAUGGGUGGCAGCUACACGCUAGCGUCCUUGUCGCCCAAUCAGAGGUUAAACUAGGAGAUUUACAAUCAGCAUCAGAAUCCUUCGAAAGAUCAUUAGAUAUAGCCAAAAAACUGAACGAUGGACCAGCAGAGGCAGCUAUUAAAAAAGCCAUGGAGGAGGUGAACAACCGGAUAGUGCAGGGGGUGAAAGAAGGGGAUGGAAAAGACGACGACGACAGAGAAUCCGUGAAGUCCGACAAAGACAGGAAGGGGGCCACCAGUCAAGCAUCAGACAAGGGAAACCAAAGUGAUCAGGAAGACAAGAGAAGUCGACAUAGCAAUGAGGGGGAAGAUAAAGACAACAGAUACGAUGAUUAUCCGGACGACUUUGAACAGGACCAGCAAGAAAAAGGUAGUAAGCAAGGGUCAAGGCCAAAUUCUCAACCUGAAGAGGUUUCAAAGAAGGAGAGCAAUGAAUCCAAGCCAAGGGACAGUCCAAGUAAAGAUGCAGAAGAAAGUACAGACAAACCAACAAAGUCACCAAGUCCCGCACAGCCACAGUCUCCUUCAACGGUCAAGGCCACAACUAGUACAGGAAAGGAUAGCAAGAAAGGAUCAGAAAGUAGGAAAACAAGCAAAGAGUCUCAGAAGUCAACUAAAAGUGUCCAAGGUACCAAGAGUGAGCAGCAGAAGAAGACAUCAAAGACUUCCAGUAAAGGAAAGUCCAGUCCUCCAAUGAAGAGAAAAUCGACUCAAGAAAAGAAACAGUCAAGUGAAAAGAAACAGUCAGUUGGGAAGAAGGAGACAGAGGAGAAGAAACAGUCAGGAGGGAAGAAAGAUUCUACAGACAGCAAGGGCAUGGGUGAGGGAUCAAAGAAAGCAGAAGAGACCGAUGAUGAAAAUGAUGAAAUAAGAAAGGUUUCAGAGGCAAACUCCAAAGUAGACAUGUUUGAAAAAGAUGAAGAUAAGAAAGAGGACAAAAGAGAGGAAUCUGAAACCAAACCAUCUAAACCACAGAAGAAGUCUUCAGGAGAAGGUCCAACUAAAAAGAAGUCAUCUCAGAGUCCUUAUGUUAAGACUACUAAAAAGGCAUCUAACAGUAGUAUAAAAAGCAAGACCUCGACUACCAGCAGUGGUAAAGGGGAGGAGAAAUCUAAACAGGAGAAGGAUAGCAGAGAAGAUCAAUCCAGUAGCAAAGAUGAGGUAAAGGUUGAGGACCAAGAGAAAAAAGAAAAUCAGAAUACAGAACAGAAAAAAUCAAGUGAUGAUGAUAUAGAAGAAAAACCUGCAGAGAAGAGAGACUCUUUAGAGGAAACUGAACAAAAUGAAAGCAACGCUGUGGAGACACAACAAAAUGAAAGUGAUACCAAAGAGACUCAACAAAAUGAAAGUAAAAGCGAUACCAAAGGGACUCAACAAAAUGAAAGUAAAACAAAGACAGAAAAUAAGAACAUCUCACAAGAUGAGACAAAUGUACAAAUGGUUAGUGAGGAGGAUUCGGCCGUGCCUCUAGAGACAACAGAGAAGGACUCUAAAGUAGAGGUUGAACCUUAUGAUACAGAAGCCGCAGAGAAAGGAUUAGGUUACAACCACCCAUUUGAAAUCAAGAGAAAAGAAAAAGAGGAGGAGGGACAGAAAUCAUGAAGCCAUUACUGACUGUAAACAAAGUGAAUUGAACAUCAAACUACUCAGCUGUAUGAUGAUACAUAUAAUGAACAAUUUUUUAUCAAACUACGCAUGUUUUGGCCCAAUGACAAAUCUUUAUUGCUUUAUAUUGGACCCUAGGCUUGUUUAGAUACUGUAUGCAGCAAGUACUUUCAGUACUUUGAUUCGAUGAAGCGCAUGUCUAACGUGCUAAUUCAGCAACUGUUUUAAAUUGUAUACUCUCAUUUUAUAUAUUUAUAAUUAUACAUAUACAUUUUACAUAUAUGUUUAAGAAGUUAUUGAUAUAUUUUGUACUGAACUAGACCAAGUGCGCACAAGUCUACGCAAAAUGUUAAUAAACUGGACUAAUUUU